AAAACCGGGUCUCGCCCCCGCGUGUUUGCAGAGCUGCUGGUCCCCCUCUCCCGCACGCGGCUCUGCCGGGGGACACAGACCCACCACCCCGAGCAGGCCCACAAAGCGGCCCACAGACCCACAAGUGAGCGAACACGCAGCUCGUGGCGGAUCUGCCCAGGCGGAGUCGCGCGCUCCGCUCCCCUCGCCGGCGCUCCCCUCCUCCACCUCCCCAGUCCCCGAGCCCCAGGGCAGCAGCGCGCCGGGCGGGGCGGGGGGCGGGGCGGGGUGUCGGGCGGCGCUGGCCCAAAAGGCGGAGUCCGGAGGCGCUGGAGCCAAAUCUGGGAGCCCUGUGCCGACUGCGAAAUCUGUGGAGUGCUGUGCCGACUGCGCCGGGGAGAAAGCCAGCGGGAACCCGGAGCCUGACGAGCCCCUCGCCCCCGCCCGGCCUGGACAGGCCCCGCGAUAUGGAGUUCCUCUGGGCCCCUCUCUUGGGUCUCUGCUACAGUCUGGCCGCUGCCGACCGCCACACCGUCUUCUGGAACAGUUCAAACCCCAAGUUCCGGAAUGAGGACUACACUGUACAUGUGCAGCUGAAUGACUACCUGGACAUCAUCUGUCCGCAUUAUGAGGAUGACUCUGUGGCAGCCACUGCCAUGGAGCAGUAUACACUCUACCUGGUGGAGCUCGAGCAGUACCAGCUGUGCCAACCCCAAUCCAAGGAGCAGGUCCGCUGGCAGUGCAACCACCCCAGUGCCAGGCAUGGCCCAGAGAAACUGUCCGAGAAGUUCCUGCGCUUCACCCCCUUUACCCUGGGCAAGGAGUUCAAAGAGGGACACAGCUACUACUACAUCUCCAAACCCAUCCACCACGCAGAAGACCGGUGCUUGAGGUUGAAGGUGACUGUCAAUGGCAAAACCACUCACAGUCCUCAGGCCCAUGACAAUCCACAGGAAAAGAGGCUUGCAGCUGAUGACCCAGAGGUGCAGGUUCUCCAUAGCAUCGGUCACAGCGCUGCCCCCCGCCUCUUCCCGUUGGCCUGGGCUGUGCUGCUCGUGCCGCUCCUGCUGCUGCAAACCCUGUGACGUUGGAUGCCACAUCCAGCCUAAGGACUGGAACAGGGCUGGGAAGGCAGAGGCGGGCACCCCUCACCUAUCCUGAGGCACAGCCCCAGUGCUGGGAACCACUCCCACCAAAUGCACAAGCUGCCACCCAGCAGCCUCAAAACGGGUCAGUAUUAAGGGUUUCAACCCACGGGAGGUCGGCAAGCCUGGUGGUGCCAUCCCUGCCUCCACCUCAGAAGGACGGACAAAGCGGGACAGUUCUCACCCUGCCAUUCCAGCCCUUAAACCGGAACAAAAACGAAGCUGUGCAGCUAUGGACUCUUAAGAAGCGCGCGGUGGGAGCUGAGCUGGAAGGGAUCCGGGGUCGUGUGGGAGGACACUGAACUUGGCAAAGAUGCCCCUUCCACAGAGAGCCAGGAUGCCAGGAUGGACUGAAGGAAGAGCAGGAGCGUGCUGCCUGCGGGCCGGGACAGGAGAGGCAGAAUGCUUGGGCGGCCCCAGCCGCUGCCACGGAGAGAUUUGUAGCCAGCCCUGCACCCUCUAUCCGGGGGCAGCACCCCAAAGCUGUGCCAGCAGGGGGCUGUGCCCACCUUUUCCUGGAGUGUAGCUGAGAGGGCAGGGCCCACUUGUACAUAUGCUGUGUCUGAUUUGUAAAACUGGAAUUUUUUUAUACAUUCUUUGUCUAAAAAUAAAAUGUGUGUGUUUUUGGA